UAAAGUGAUUGAUUUUUUUUAUGCAGCAGGAGCAGAUAGAUAGCUUCCUUCCAAUUGAGAUGGGUAUAGUGAGCAAGCAGCCGACAAAUUACUUCUGCAAGACUCUGACGGGAAGCGAUACGAGUACUCACGGGGGAUUCUUUGUUCCCCGCCGUGCUGCUGAGAAGGUGUUUCCUCCCCUGGAUUUCACUCAGCAGCCACCAGCGCAGGAGCUCAUUGCGCGUGAUCUUCAUGAUGUUGAAUCAAAGUUCGGCACAUCUUUCGAGGUAAGGAGAAGGUAGGGAAAUAGAUCCGUGCCGUGGUUGAGGUAUUGGAAAGAAUGAAUGUUGAUGCACAUAAGGGAUUAGUGUAACAUCUUCAGGAAUCAGUGCUUGUAUAGCAUAUAGAUAAAUUGGUUAUAGAUGUUAAGAGUAGUGCUUACUUAGUUUGAUGCCCAUAGAUGUUAGAUAAGAUGGAUACAAACGCCAAAUUAUGUAUUCAGGCAUGUAGCAUUUUUAU